GAUUCAAACAGUUUAGUUUUUCCCUGAAGGUGGAAGAAUGUUGUAAAAGAAGACGCGGUUCUCUAGUUAGUCCAGUUUUCUCUUCAGGUCUCAUUUUUUCCACAGCGGAAGACAUGGCGGCGGAAUCCGUUAAAGUGUGUGUCCGGGUCCGGCCUGUUGUUGAGAGGGAAGAAACAGCUGCUUCAGAAAACGGACAGCCUGUCCAGCUGUUUUGGAAAACAGAUAAGAAAUCAGUUUGUCAGAUUGAUGAUGGAAAUUCCAGCAAGUGCUUCAGCUUUGACAGAGUGUUUACAGCUAAAGAAUCCACCAGCCAGCUUUACCAGGAGAUCGCAAAGCCCCUGGUUGUUUCCACUGUUCAAGGUUACAAUGGAACCAUAUUUGCGUACGGUCAGACCUCUUCAGGGAAGACCUUCACCAUGAUGGGCUGUGAUAGCAAUCCUGGAGUCAUUCCUUUGGCUGUAGAUGAUGUCUUCCAAACUAUUAAAAAUUUUCCCAAAAAAGAAUUCCUUCUGCGAGUGUCUUACAUGGAGAUCUACAAUGAAACUGUGACUGAUCUGCUGGUGGAUAGCCGGAAGAGAAAGCCUUUGGAAGUUCGGGAAACAAUCAAUAAAACCAUCUACGUGGCCGACCUGACGGAGGAGCUGGUUACUACUUCAAAGCAAGCCCUGGCCUGGAUCAAGAAAGGAGAGAAGAACCGCCAUUAUGGGAAGACUAAGAUGAACCAGCGCAGCAGUCGCUCACACACCAUAUUCCGUAUGAUAUUGGAGAGCAGGGAAAGGAGUGAUCCGGCGUCAGGGGAAAACGCCGAUGGAGCCAUUAUCGUUUCCCAUUUAAACUUGGUGGAUCUAGCUGGAUCAGAAAGAGCCAGCCAAACGGAGACGGAAGGUACUCGUUUUAAAGAAGGCUGUAACAUCAAUCUGAGUUUGUUCACACUUGGACAGGUGAUCAAGAAACUCACCGAUGAAAGCCAGAAGGGUUUUACCAACUACAGAGAUAGCAAACUGACCCGCAUCCUGCAGAACUCGUUAGGAGGCAACGCUAAAACCGUCAUCAUCAGCACCAUCACUCCUGUGUGUCUAGAUGAGACCCUCAGCACCCUGCAGUUUGCCAGCACUGCCAAGAAAAUGAAGAAUGAUCCUCAUGUGACGGAGGUAUCGGACGAUGGGGCGUUGCUCAAGAGGUACCGCAAUGAGAUCGUAGACCUUAAACGUCGACUCCAUGAGGUGUCUUCAGUCACUCAGACCACAGCAACAGAGAAAGAGGUUCUUUCUCAGUUGCUCCAAGAAAAAGAGCAGCUCCAGAGAGAACAAGAAGAUCGAAUCAGAAACCUAACUGAGCUGCUGGUCACCGGUUCCAAACUGGUCUAUUUACCAAAGCUCCCUAAACGCAGGAUGACCUGGGGAGGAAAGAUGCUCAAACUUGCCAAUCCCUCUGCCUGUGAUGAUGACGAGGAUGACGACGGCCCGUCUCACAUGAACAUGAGCUUAAGCCGCAAGAGGAAAGCUGAUCGCCUCUCUUCCCUGAAUCAAUCAUCGGAUGAGGACUUCUUUUCCCACUCUGAGAUUCCUGAGGAGCCAUCAGAGGAAAUGGAGAUGAGUCAGAGCUCUGUGACUGUUCGCAGCUCUGGAGGAAGCGACAGAUUCCCACAGUCCUCUGAUCAGACGUGUCAACUUUCAGCCAAAAUCUCUAAUCUGGAGUUGCAACUUGAAAUUGAGAGUCAACAGAGAGAGGAGGCCGUAAGAAAGGCAGAAAUGAUGGAAGGUCGAGAAGCAGAGCUGCAGCUGCAGACCCAGUCAGAGGCUUUGCAGAAACAACAGGCUGUAGAGAAAAUACAGGCAACAGAACUGAGGCUAUCUGAAGUGGAGUCGCUGCUGCAGAAUGAAGUCCGAGAGAAGCAAGAGGCUUUGGAGAAGAUGCAGACACUGGAGCAGCAGUUUGAAGAGCUGAAAACGCAGCUGCAAAGUGAAACGGAGCAAAAGAUGGACGCCUUGUGGAAACUGGAAGCAUCAGAGCAGAAUGUUGCUGAGCUGAAGAAGGCUCUGGAAACGGAAGCUGAGAAGAAACUGGAAACCAGUGUCAACAUGGACUCCAGCGGUUCAGACCUAAGCAGCGAGCAGCAGACUUCUGAAUUACAGCAGAUGAGGAAAGACUUUGCAGAGAGCCUUCAGCUGUGUGAAAGCUUGGCCCUAGAGAAGGAAAAAGUGAUUGCUGAGCGAGACUAUCUGAAGAAGGAGCUGGGGAUGUUCCUGGAGCACACUGAGAGUUUAGAAAAGGAGAAGUCUGCUCUCUGUCAGGAGCUGAAGGAGAAGAAGGAGAUGGAUGAGUUCCUCAGUCUGGAGGAUAAAUUCACAAAGGAACAUGAGAAUGAAUUAAAAAAAGAAAUAUCUGCUUUAAAGAGGGAAAUUGAAUCCUAUGAACAUCGAUGCCUGGAUCUGCAGGUGACCCUGACUGCCACCAAAGAGAGGUUGGAAGCUAAGGUUAAUGACCUGCAUGUGGAGCUGGAGAAGGAAAGGUGCCGCGAUGCAAAGAUUGAUAACAGUCUAUCAGAAGAGCCCAGUGAUGCAGUGGAUGAUGGAAACCUCGCUGCUCUUCAUGAUGCCACAGUCCCAACAAGGAUCUUGGAAAGUGUGGAACUGGACCGGAGCGUGAGCAGCCUGAAGACGGAGCUGGCUGUGUCUCAGGAAGCAGAGGAAACACUUCAGGAUUCAGUUCAGACUCUGAAAGCUCAGCUGGAAAGCUUGACUCAACAGAUGGCUGAGCUGACUGAGCAGCUGCAGGCUGUGAGAAAGGAAAGAGACGACCUUCAGUCAGGAAAGGCUCAGACUGAACAAGAGGCCGAGCAGCUCAGAGACCUGCUUCAAGCAUUGAAGACAGAAAAUGUGGAAAUUCAGGCAGAACUUGGAAGCAGCGCUCAGAAGGAGAAGGAAUUGAGCCAGCAAUGUUCUGAUGUAACACAGCUGCUGAACACACUGCAGGCAGAGCAGAAGGAAUCCCAGUCUGAAAGGAGUCGGCUUUUAGCGUCUCUAGAAGAAAAGGACUCAGAGCUGAAACAGAUGGUUGCAGCCCUCCAGUGUGCAGCAGCAGAGAAGGAGGCCCUGCUGCAGGCACAGAGCGCUGGUGCUGAGGUCACUGUGAAGGAUGAUGAUGAUGAAGCAGCUGCAGUUCUUCUAAGGAGCGUUCAGGAAGAGCUUAGAGAACAGAAGCAGAUGAACGAUGACCUGAUGCAAACCUCUGUUCAGAAAGAGGCUGAGAUGCUGAGGCUGUCCCAGGAGCUGCAAGCGGAGCGAGAGCAGAGAGCGGCUUACCAAGGCGCCGUCACUCAGAGCUCCUCAGAGGAGGUGCAGAGGCUGCUCGCUGAGGUCGCCUCUCUUACUGCGGAGAGAGAUCAGCUCAAAGAGGACCUGCAGGAAAACGUAGAGAUGAUGAUAGAGAACCAGGAGCAGCUGAGGACGGUCCUGGAGAAGAACUGCGAGCUGGUGAAGGAGAUCAAACGUCUUCAGUCUGAAAGAAUCAGUAAGCAGGAAGAGCUUCCCAGUGACAUGGGCUCUCAGCUGGAGGAAUUACAAAGAAACAUCAAGUCUGUAACUGAGGAGCUGCAGAGCGUGAGAGAGGAGAAAGACCGGCUGCUCUCAGAGAAGGAGUCCCACUGCCAGAAGCUUCAGCUGGAGGUGAUGGCCAUCAGGGAGGAGGGAAAACAGCUGCACGAGGAGCUGAGGGAGGAGAAUACGAAACUCCACACAGAGCUGGAGGAGCUGAGGGAGGAGAAUAAGAAACUCCACACAGAGCUGGAGGAGCUGAAGGAGGAGAAUACAAAACUCCCCACAGAGCUGGAGGAGCUGAGGGAGGAGAAUAGGAAACUCCACACAGAGCUGGAGGAGCUGAAGGAGGAGAAUACAAAACUCCCCACAGAGCUGGAGGAGCUGAGGGAGGAGAAUAGGAAACUCCACACAGAUACCAUCAGCGAUGGAGGGUUUAUUAAAAACCAGCUGAUUUUAAACUGUCGUUUCCGUUUGAAACAGGCGAGCGUCUCGAACGAGGAGCUUGUUCUCACCCAAGCAGAAAGAGACCGUCUGCUGAGCGUGAGCGCCGGCCAUCAGUCCUUCACAGAGGAAAGUGGAGCCCUGCAGAGCCGCCUGGCCGCUCUCACUGAGGAGCGAGAUCAGCUCCAGGAGAUAGUGGAGGGGCUGAGGGAGGAGAAGAAGGAGCUCCGGGCACAGCUGGAGGAAAAGAUUGAAAUGAUGCAGUGUGAUUUCCAGCAGCAGCAGCUCUUCUCAGGAGCAGAUCCUCUGAAAGACCAGCAGAUCCAGCAGCUGGAGGUGGCUGAGGGGGAGAGCAACCAGAUCAGGUCUCUACUUCAGGAGAAAGAAGAGCUGAUCCUAAAGAAGCAGGAAGAGGUCAACAUGUUAAGACGGAGCAGCCAACUAAUGGAAGAGGAGAUGAUGGAUCUAAAGAGUCAGAUGUUGGAGCUGAAGAGCAGCAGAGACACGGAGAAGCAGGAGCUGGAGUGUCUGAAAGCGGAGAGAGAGCGUCUGGUGGCUGAGAUGGCCGCUGUGACAGAGCAGCAGGAGACGAUGAAGGGCCGACUGACGGCUCUCAGUCAGGAUCGGGAUCAGUUGGAGGGACUGCUGAGCGAGAGCCAGGAGCGUGGAGCACAGCUGCAGAGACGAACUGAAGCAUUGGAAGCUGAGAUUGGGGAGCUGAACAGAUCUGUACUGACUGUCACUGAGCAGAAGAGGCAGUUGGAGGAGGAGCUACAGCACCUGCUAGAAAAGGCGUCAUCUACAGAAGAGCUUCUGAAGGCAGCCAGAGACGACCUGGUUGAACAAAUGAACCUAAACUCUGAGCUGAAGAACACCAGUGAAGAAAAGAUUUGCUCUUUGGACCAAAAGAUAAUUGAUUUGGCUGAACAGUUAGAAAUCAUUGAAGUACAGAGAAACUCUCUAGAGUCUGAAAAAGAGAUUACUCUUCAGAAGCACAAAGAGGAGGUGGAGAAGCUACAGUCUAGCCUGGCUGCUGUCCGUCAGGAAGGAGAGCAGCUGCAGGACGUCCUGCUGGAGCUGAGGGAGGAGAAGGAGCAGCUUGGAGCACAGCUGCAGGAAAACAUCCACAUGAUGUCAGCCGUCCAGGAGAAGCUCACCCAGCAGGAGCUGCUGACUGCGCAGAAGCAAACAGAGAAAGACCAACAAGAGGCCAGAUUUCAGCAACAAUUGCAGUCCCUCCAGAAGGAGCAGCAGGAGGGCAAAGCUGAUGCCUCCCAGCAGGGAUCCAUUGAAACGUUUACAGAGACAUGCUUGAAGUAUGACUCUGAAGGCCUGGUGGAGGUUCUGAGGUCACAUUGCUCCUUACAGUCUUACCUGAACAGUGUGUCCAAAUCUGCACUGGAUUCCUACGGUGACAUUUGUCUGCUGGGAUGUCAGACUUCUCACAGUUUCAUCACCAUUAUGGAACUCCUCAGAGCGCAUGUGUCUGGCUAUGUGAGUGUGUUUGGGGCAGUGGUGGACAAAGACCUGGACAUUUUUGAGGAAAGACGGAUUCAUGACUUGCUGCUUUCCAAAGUUCAUAAUCCCAGAAACUCCGACAAUUACGAGGAAUUCCACCCGCUGUGGAACCAGAGACUUGCUGAGCUGCUGGAACGGCAUCAGCUCUACAAACAGGCUCUUCCUGAACAGCUGGGAAAGCUGGAGGAAGAGUCAAACACUAAACCCAGAAACACCGAGUCCAACCAGAAACAGGCCAUUCAGCUCCUACAGACUGAACUGCAGGACACCCGGGCAGCUUUACUGGAAAAGGAAAACACAAUCCUGAAGCUAAAGGACAAACUACAAGAGUCUGAAAAGAAAGCGUCGCCCAGUGCAGCUGAGCUGGAGAACCUGCGGAGCAAGCUGUUUGACAUGGAGCUGAAGAUGGCCUCAGCCACUGAAGAACACCAGCAAGAGUUACAGAAGAUGCAGGUGGUGCUGAAAGUAAAGGAAGAGUCUCUGAGGAAGCUAAAGCAGGACCUGAGAUCACAGCAGCAGGGCGACGAGUCCUUCCUGACAGGUAAGGAGCUUCAUGCUCGGCUCACCAACCCCAGAGGAACCAUGAUCCACAGCAGCAUUCUGCUGGAAAAGACCAAGCUGGAAGAAGACGUCAAACGGCUUCAGCUGAGAAUCACAGAGCUGGAAAGCUUGGUUUGCAGCCUGCAGGCUGAGACUAAUAAGUGGAAGAACAGAGCCAUCAGUCUGAAAGGGAAGAGUAAAGCGGAGCCAGACAAGCAACCCUCCACCUGUACCCCUAAGAAGAGGGACCUCCCUACGACCACAGACUCUGCCUUGGUUUUUAGCUCACCUAAGAAAAGUUGUCUUCCUGCCAAGAAAUUUCUGGAUUUGCCUCUGAAGGCUGUGGGGUCUCCAGGGAAAGCUCCGCUGCUGCCUUCAAACGUGCUGCUGGAUUCUCCAAAAAGCAGCUUCUUUGACGGAAGUGGAACCACAGAGCUGCUGUCUAAAACCUGCCCAAAGCAGUUCUUUGACAACUCUGACCUGGGAAUCCAGCCAGAUGCAGGAGCUGAAACCGAUUCAUGGCGCUACAAACUCAAGGAGGAAGACUACUGCGGGGUGCAGUAGUCAGUCUAAAACUACACUUCCUAAUGUCUUUUAAUGUUUAAUUGUUAAUAAAAAUGCUAACUAGCAGCUUGAGUCAUUUCUGAAAACCCAGCCUUAAGGAAGAAUGAUCCGCUGUGACUCGGCAGCCAUACUUGUUCAGUUCAGUAGAAAACGUGUUCAUAGUUCCACCAAUUCAAGUUUUUUUUCUUUUUGCAGUUUUAAAAUUUAGUCUUAAAACUAGACAACAUCAUUGAGUAAAUCUGGCAAAUGUUCUACAGAAAUGAUUUCUAUGGUCUAGAUGUUAUAAAUGGCUCCGUUUCUUUUCCGCUUUGUGUCUUAUCCCAGCUCAGGCUGCCAUUACGUUUUUACUUUUCUUAGCAAUAAAGAGAACUUUUGGUGCUUCUUUACUGCUUUUGUGUUUCUGCUCCAUCUUCCCAAAUCUGUUCUGGAUUCAAGCGGCGGCCGGUUCUGCUGUUAAAGGGAAGUUUACGUUGCUGCUCCUUCCACUUUCAGUUUGUGAUUCCUGCAGAGUCAUCAGCUCCAUACCAGGGCCUUAUCCACUGCUGCUAUGUGCUCUGCAAGAAGCGACUGCAGCAAGUCGCUCACUAGAUGCAGUCUGCUCACUUUAUUCAGACGUUUCUUCACCAGUUUGAACGAUACAACUAAUUUCAUGCUGAGUUUUAUUACUGAGACCUGCUUUGAAUUUAACAACAGCAACAGUUUGAA